CGGGCAACUGACAUCGUUGGCACACACACUGGCAGGCAUAGGCCCUGCGGGCAUCGUCUGCAUCGUUUCUGCUUCUGCCGCGGCCCCCUCAAUGUCAUCGCAACAUCCUCGUCUGGAUCGUCGCUGCGUUGCUCAACGUCUGUUCGCGCGUGCUGCCGCUUGCGUGCAUUUUCUAGCAGAUUGCACCACGCCCACGACCGCCAGUUGUGCAGCUGAGAUGCUCUCCUCGCAAGAAUCAAUGGCCCUGCUUUCUUGCGGGGUGAUGACGGUGAAGAGCGGCCGUCUCUUUAACCUUGUUAAGCCCGCCCGGAAGGCUUUCCGCUUGGCGGGUGCUUCACAGCGGGCGGCUUUCGCUGCACUCUCCAAGUGGUGAGCGCCUGAUGCUGCUAUCUUCUACACAGCUUCGGUGCAGCUUCGACACGGUGCCUCGGUCGGCUCCGUUGCUAACCUGCUAGCCGGCCAUUCGCUGGCGGUCUUACGCUGCCCAUGGCGGACCUGACGCUAUCAGCGGUGGCGUUACAGAAGCUCG